AAUCCAUGAACACAUGCCGGGCGCAAAAAUGAGAAAGAAAUCUAGUACUACUAGGCGAUUAAAUCCUCAACAACCUUCAUCAAUGCCUAAUCCAUCUCCUUUUCUUCUCCAUUAUAAAAAGAUCUCUCUCCUUGUAUUUUUUGUCCUAGUUGUUUGUUUCAUAGUUUUUCUCAACACUUCAUCGAGAAACGAAGGCGUGUCUCGAUCAGAUGUACCGUCCAAUCAACUUUACACUGUUGAAGUGGUCAAUGAGUUCCCUCACGAUCCUGAUGCGUUCACUCAGGGACUGCUGUAUGUAGAAAAUGACACCCUAUUUGAAUCUACUGGGAUGAAUGGGGCUUCAUCUGUUCGGAAAGUCACUCUGCAGACUGGCGAGGUUAAGGCCAUUCAGAAAAUGCAGUACUCUGACUUUGGGGAGGGCUUAACUCUUCUCGGUGAUAGGUUGAUUCAAAUAACUUGGCGGCAGAGUACUGGUUACAUAUAUGAUCGGCAUAAUCUGAGCAAAUUUGAGAAGUUUCGCCAUGGUAUGCCUGAUGGUUGGGGAUUGGCAACUGAUGGGAAAGUCCUUUUUGGGAGUGAUGGAUCUUCUACACUAUAUCAUAUUGACCCUCAAACUAUGAAAGUAGUUAAAAAACAAAUUGUAAAUUAUCAAGGUGAUGAAGUACACAGACUCAAUGAACUAGAGUAUGUUUAUGACGAAGUUUGGGCAAAUGUUUGGAUGACUGACUGUAUAGCUAGGAUAUCACACACAGAUGGCUCAGUUCUUGGAUGGAUUCUCCUCCACAAUUUGAGAGAAGGAUUGCUACCCAAUUUGAAAAAGCAAAUUGAUGUCCUGAAUGGGAUAGCAUGGGAUAGGGAUGGUGACCGUCUUUUUGUCACAGGCAAAUGGUGGCCGAAGCUUUAUGAAAUUAAGUUGCACCCCUUGAAGACACCAUUCAAUGGAGACAUCAAGCAGAUCUGCAUGCCCCCGGCAUUUCCAUUUUCAUGAUCCCUACAGUGGAUAGUCUUUUGCAAAUUCUGAAUUGUUCUGUUAUUUUAUCAAAUUUUGUGUCCAGAGAGGAGAGAGAAUCACAUGCAGAUUUUAGAGAUGUACUUCUUUGUCUACACGCAAGAUUUUGUACAUGUACUUCCUUUCUGU